CAAUUGUCUCAAUUCUCAUCUCUUUCUCUCUAGCUUUAUGUACCUAUAAAUACCUGUAUAAGAAUGUAAAUCUUUCUCAUCCCCAUCUCCUAAAAUCAAUCUCUUACUAAACACACAAAAAUGAGUUCUAAAGCCUUUGUUUUCCUUGGCCUUCUUCUCGCCUUCGUUCUUCUCCUCUCGUCUGAGGUGGCCGCAAGAGACCUUGCGGAGACCUUCUCCAAGACGGACAACGAGGCCACGGUGGAAACCAAUGGUGUAGAGGAUGCCAAGUAUGGAGGAGGGUACGACAGAGGCUAUGGCGGUGGUGGUUACGGUCGUGGUGGCUACGGUCGUGGUGGGUAUGGUCGUGGUGGGUAUGGUGGUCGUGGAGGCUAUGGUGGUGGCCGUGGUGGGUAUGGCAGAGGUUGCCGAUAUGGUCGAUGCGGGUACAGGUGCUGCAGCUACGCUGGUGAAGUAGUAGAGGGUGCAAAACCCUAAGACAAGGUGUAGAAUGGGAUGAAAUAAUAAUAAGGUUUAAAGUUUAAUUUGUGUUUGGUUAAAUGUGUGAACUGUGGAAGUUUGAGAAGAAUAAAUACAUGGGGAAUGGGAGGAGUGGCUUCAUCUGUAGUUUUUCUUUUUCCCCAUGUUUGGGUUUUAGUAUGUUAUUGCAAAGAUUUGCUUUUUGCAAAUUUUUAUAAUAUCAACAAACGUAUUUUCAUUUCGUGUAA